CAGCGUGGUGGGAAUAUCGCUGGGUUUUAUGGUGCACGUAUGCAAAGGGGAUAUGGGAUCGGAAGCAUUUUCAAGAGCCUUGCAAGAUAUGCUAUCCCUCUAUUCAAACAAGGAGCUAAAGUUGUUGGCAAAAGAGCAUUACAAGCAGCCACAGAAGUUGGUCAAGAUGUACUUCAAGGAAAAAAUGUAAGAGAAUCUGUAAAGGCUCACAGAGGGAAAGUUGUUAAAGACUUUGUUGAGCAAGGAGCAAGGACUUUUCUGCGUCAAACAGGACAUGGAAGCAAAAGAAGGCGAAGUCAACGCAGCAAUCUAUCAUCAGUCAAGAAACAAAAACUGGAAGAAGAUCCAAGACGUCUCAAAUGGAUUAGGAAAGAUGAAAGCGACUGUGAUGAUGAAAGCAGCCACGACGAUGAAUCUGAAAGCGAAACAUCUCAAACAAGUGACGAUUAGAAACAUAAAAAUAACAAAAACACCUGAACGUUAUGCUCUGAGAAGUAGAUUGUACUAAAUUUUGUAAAACGUUUUGAAGAAAUAAAUGCAAUUUUAAAACUGAAAUCUUGUGUAAAUUUUUGCCCGCAAAGCCCGAUCUUUCCUAUCCGCGCAACCCGCCCGCCUGAGUACAACUAUGUCGUACAUUAAUAUAUGCAUGCACCCAAGCGCCGCUAAUGACCGACAAUACAUAACAACGUAUAUAGCAACAGCACAUUUGAGUUAAUUUUUUAUGACAAAAUAUAUUACAACUGUUCUAAAAGUUUUUUCCCACAGAAUCAAAAUGUACCAUUUUUCGUAGUCGAAGAGGUAGUAACUUUACCGUGUAUACAUGAACCAAGCGUUGUCAACUAAAGACUAUGCUUCGAACGGACCGGCUUCGAGCCAAAUUCCGAGCUAUUUAGAUUAUAUGCUUCGCUGUAAGCUUUCAAAGUUUCCGGUUAUUUUGAAUUAGGCUCCGAAAUACAUAUACAUUUUUCCGCGAAAAAGAACGCCUGUUUUUAAAUCUUGCGAGCUGGGCUUGAACCAACGACCUAAGGAACUACAGUCCUCCGCUCUACCAGCUGAGCUAUCGCAAGAGCAGGUUUUAAUCACCCGAAAAAAAAAAAAACAAUCUAGACCAGGCCUGCCCGCGUUAAUUGGUCGCCUGCCACAUUUGGCCCAGACCUGCCCGCGUUAAUUGGUCGCGCUACCUGUCACAGUUGGCCCAGGCUUGCCCGCGUUAAUUGGUCGCGCUACCUGGCACAGUAGGCCUGCCCGCGUUAAUUGGUCGCGCUACCUGGCACAGUUGGCCGAAGGUUAGGGUUAGGGCCUGCAAAGUUACGUCAUAAAUUUUGCAUACUAAUUACUUCCGUCCCCAGAUGGGGGUCUUUCACUACUAAUCUAAGCAGUAAAAAACCCCAAAGGAAACCAAUUUUUUCUAACCAUCAAUUUAUUCAAAAAUCCUCAAGACCUUCAAAACAUAAAGGAACUACGACGCAGGCUAUUCAUCUAAUGACUAAAUUGAUUAAACUGAGGGUUUUUUUUACCAUGAAGUUAUUUCACAUUUCUUCUUAGAAUGAGACAAAUGUUACACAUACUUAUGGGACUUAUUACGCUUACUCCCUGGAUCUGAGAUGACUUGCAAAUAUAUAUAUAUAUAUAUAUAUAUAUAUAUAUAUAUAUAUAUAUAUAUAUAUAUAUAUAUAUAUAUAUAUAUAUAUAUAUAUAUAUAUAAUACAUAUAAGUACAGUUUGUGAGAAGAUUUCUACGUAUGUUUGUUACGAUACCGACAAAAAAUUACUUGCAAAUUCAGCACGCUUUUCUUCAUUGUAUUUCUAGGCUUACAUCAUCUAAUAUAACUGCUACUGCAAAUUUGGAUUAUCAACCAAUUAAUCAAGUAAUUACGUUUACUGUUGGAAACCCACUUCAAGAAGUUUUUAUUACCAUCAAUGAGGAUACUUUGGUUGAAGGAACUGAGACGUUUCGAGUGACUUUAACCAGUACUGAUGCAGACGUUAUAGAUCCAACGCUUACUGUUACCAUCACUGAUGACGAUUGUAAGUAGUUCAUGUGUAUGUUUUUAUGUGCUUUCGUUUUGCAUGAUAUGAAUGUUGAUGAUGGUGUUGGUUGUUAUGGUGGUUUGUUGGUGAUGGUGAUGGUGGUGUUGGUUGUUAACUUGUUAUGGUGGUUGUGUUGGUGACGAUGGUGGUGCUGGCUGUUGUGGUGGUUAAACUGGUUAUGUUGGUGAUGGUGGUGGUAUUGGCUGUUAUGGUGGUUGUGUUGGUGACGAUGGUGGUGGUGGUGGUGUUGCUUGUUAUGGUGGUUAUUGUUGGUGAUGCUGAUGGUGGUGGUUGUUAUGGUGGUUUGUUGGUGAUGAUGGUGGUGUUGGUUGUUAGCUUAUUAUGGUGGUUGUGUUAGUGACGAUGGUGGUGAUUGGUGUUGGUUGUUAUGGUGGUGAUGGUGGUGAUUUGUUGGUGAUGAUGGUGGUGUUGGUUGUUAACUUGUUAUGAUGGUUGUGUUAGUGACGACGGUGGUGGUGGUGUUGGUUGUUUUGGUGGUUAUGUUGGUGGUGGUUGUUAUAGUGGUUAUGUUGGUGAUGAUGGUGGUGUUGAUGUUGGUUGUUAUGGUGGUUAUGUUGGUGAUGGUGGUGGUGGUUGUUAUGGUGGUUGUGUUAGUGACAAUGGUGGUGGUGGUGUUGAUUUUUAUGGUGGUUAUGUUGGUGAUGAUGAUGGUGUUGGUUGUUAUGUUGGUGAUGGUGGUGGUUGUGUUAGUGACAAUGGUGGUGGUGGUGUUGAUUUUUAUGGUGGUUAUGUUGGUGAUGAUGAUGGUGUUGGUUGUUAUGUUGGUGAUGGUGGUGGCGGUUGUGUUAGUGACAAUGGUGGUGGUGGUGUUGAUUUUUAUGGUGGUUAUGUUGGUGAUGAUGAUGGUGUUGGUUGUUAUGGUGGUGGCGUUUGUGUUAGUGACAAUGGUGGUGGUGGUGUUGAUUUUUAUGUUGGUGAUGUUGGUGAUGAUGAUGGUGGUGGUGUUGGUUGUUAUGGUGGUAGGGAUGCAACCUGAAAAAUACCAGGAGAAUGUUGACGUUUCGGGCGAAGGUCUUCGUCUGGAGUCACUAGGGCUGGUAUAUUGGUUGAUAUUGGCUUCAAUACAAUUGUUGUUUGUGUUAUUGGUGGUGUAGUGUUAGUCAUUAAAAUGGUCUUUAUUACCAAUGGAACUAAUAGCAUAUAUGUUAUUGUUAUUUCAGUUGUAGGAAUUGCGUUUCAGAACGUUGCACAAGAUGUACCUGAAACCCAAAGUAGUGUACUUAUUCCCAUUGUUUUAACUGGUAACCGUGCAGUUCCUAUAACUUUCGCGUAAGUUGUUGUAUUAUCAGCUUCAAUAAAACAAUAUAUCUUUUUGCUUGUGCAAAACACCAAGUAUAUUAAUUUUAUUAUUGCAAAAAGUUCGAUAAAGAUCCGGGCUUGCAUGCGGAUCUAAAGCUUUGCAAUAUUAGAUGUACGGUGUUUUCCACCAACAGAGAGAUUUAAUUUUAAUAUGAUUUAAAUUUGUAUUUUCGAUAAACCCAUUUAUUACUGAGAGCGUCGGUAGCAGAGGAGCAAUUUUUAUUUAAGCACAUUUUUAUCUUUCCGAUUUGCCUUGAGGCAAUUUUUGGAACUAUAGUUCUUACGAACUUAUUAUGGAACAUACUACUUAAUUAAUUAUUAGUUAAUUAUUCCUAGAUACAGGACCCUUAUUGAUAGCAGUGUAUUUUUCACUGAAAAGAUUUAUGUAAAUCCUGUUUAAAUAAAGUCUCUAACUAACUAAGUUGGUUAAAUGUUUUUAUAUAUAUUUACUUCAUCAAUAUAUUUCCUUUAGGAUCGAUACUGUAUCAGUGAGUGCGACUCAAGGCACAGACUAUGUGUGGAGUCGACAAUCAGUAACAAUUAAUCCCAAUGAUCCUUCAACAUAUAUUGCAAGCAUACCAAUUACCAAUGACAACAUUGUGGAAGGUGAUGAAUUAUUCCGAGUACUUAUUGAUGCUUCGAAUGCUCUCGUUACUAAUAAUGGUGCAUUCCUAACAGUGACUAUAAAGGAUGACGACAGUAAGUUGUAUUAAUUUGUGUUGUGUUGGAAAAAUAGGGGUUUUUUGGUAGUGUAACUCAAGAGUUGGAUAAAAUUUCCCAUUCCACGUCCGAAAACACAACUCGUACUCUACUCUACUCUGGACUCUACUCCUAACUAACCCAGGGGCUUGGGAUGACUCGAUAGUCGAUAUAAUUAACACAUUCUUGUAUUAAUAUCCAAUGACAAUUUAUUUUUCAGCUGCCAAUGUAAGGUUCUCUCAGAGUACUUACGUCUUUGGGGAGAAUGUGAACGUAGGUACUGUGACCAUUGAAAUUGAUCGUAACUUGGAAACAACUGCAACUGUAACGUAAGUUUGAGAUAUUUAUUUUUGCUCACUGCUUAUCGUCUACCCUAUCGAUCAUGAGCGAUUCUUGUUAUAAAAAUCCAUAUAAUAGUGCGUUUGCUGUUUAACAAUUAGUUACCGCUUUUCACCAUUUUAAAGGCAUACAUUCAUGUGGAGGUUGUAUAACUACAUGAAAAAUAUGAGCAAAACUUUGAUCGACGUUUUGAGUGAAGGCCCUUUGCUGACGAUGAGGCUUCGCUCGAAACGUCGACGUUUUGCUUAUAUCUUUCAUGUAGUAGUGUAUCCUUCACGCUGCAGCUGUCUGUUAUCGUCUGUCCUACACUGGCACCGACCAUUUAAAUUUUAUCAAGCUGUAUUUGACUUGACAGGUUUUUUCUUUUCAGCGUUUCUUCAACAACAAAUACAGCCACAUCUGGGGUGGAUUUUGUCGCUAUCGUAAGUCGGCAAGUGAUUUUUACAUCUGGCGAUACGUCGAAGCAAUUAACAGUGAGAAUUCUGGACGAUAAUAUUGUCGAGGCAAAUGAAGUGCUUAGUUUAAGUUUGACAACGGGAACAGGUUCCCCUCUAGCUGUUGGUACACCAGGCACUGCACUGAUCACCAUUAACGAUGAUGAUGGUAUGUAUCGUAUCUAUUUUAAUUGUGUCGUAAUAUAUCUUCAUCAAGCAUUCCUCAUAUAUACAGUGUCAGUGUGUAUCGAAGAAUAAUUAACUUUGGCAUGUUAUCGCAUGCAUGGAAUAUUUAGAAUAUAGAAUUACUGGUAUAGAUUAUCGAUUUACUAAAAGAUCAGGGGUCGGUUGUACGAAGGCAGAAUAUCGCUAUCUAUACCGGAUAGUGAUUUUUUCAACCGUUGCAAAAUGCUUAAAAAGCUAUAAAUUACGGAUAUAGACCUUACAAUUAAUAAAAAGGAACUUUAAUUUAUAUAUUAUAAAGUUUAGUGUAGGUUAUACAAAUUAACGAGUUAUUUUAGGAAGCUUGAAAAAUCGCUAUCGGUGGGUAGUGCUACAUGUAUAUCUGGCCCGGCUGAUAGUGCUAUAUGCGGCCUUCGUACAACCUGCCCCAUAGGCUAUUAGCUAGUUUCAAAUGACAAUCUUUUGUAUCAUUGCAACUAAAAAGGCCAAAUACAACCUGAUUUAAAGUGGCUGGACGAAAUUUUGUCUGUAUAAGUCUGAGUAUUGAAAAUUUGAAAUUAUUGUCAUUUCGGGUAUUUGUAUAAAUAAGGAUUAUGGUAUGUUAUGGUGCUAACAUCUAUGUGUUAUUUUUUAAGUUUCCGUAUAAAUUUAAAGAUGAUUUCAUUCGCGAUUUGACAACUAAAUUUAGAAACAUUUUGGCAGACUGAACUAGCAAUUCCAAACGUUUUCAUAAUAAGCAACCAGCAUUUGGGAAAGUAUUGGAAAAUUAAAAGUUAAUUGUCAAGAAAAUCUUCUAAAAUUUAUUUUUUUGUCGUUAUUUUACAUAAAUUAUCAGUGGUGAUCAAUAUUUAUCAUUACCAAAUUUUGAAAAACUGAGUUUUAAAGCAAAGAUUAUAGCAUGUUGUUUUUCAACAUUCUGUUCCCGUUCUGUUCUCUCGGAUUUCGAUGUAAGUGAAUUUACUGCUAAAUCGAAAUAUGAUGUCUUAUGCUCAAGGGAAGACAUUACAUCUAAAUGAUAACGAUUCAAACAUUAAUCAUCCGUCGCCAGGAUUGUCACAAUUCAAUGUCACAUUUUUUAGAGUAAUAUCGUAUUUAAUUGUUUUUUAUAUGUUUGUAUUUUAGUGGCAUCCGUGGAGAUGGACUCUAUUUCGUACACGUAUAGCGAGAAUGAUGCUACAGCGGUGGUGGAAGCGAAGUUGAAUGCCCUUGCCCCAAUUGCACGACCACUGUCAUUCAGGUAAGAUUAUCGAAUAACUUGACGUUGUAUUAUAGUACAGCUGGCCUCUGUAGCCCAGUUGGUUAGAGCGCUGCUCCGGAAUCGCAGGGCCGUAGGUUCGAUUCCUACCAGAGGACCUUGUGCUGCAUUUUUCGCAGUCGUUCCUGGUUAGGUCUUAAAAUGUAUAUAUUCUCACUUGGAUUACAAACCCUAACAUCCUAAUAUUAAUUCCACCAAGAGAAGUGCAAGAACUAAGUUAUUCAAGUCCACCUUAUCACAACCCGCACACCCGAUUAUCUAUAUAUACAUGAACUUACGGUUACAGCUCAACAGCUGGCCUCUGUAGCUCAGUUGGUUAGAGCGCUGCUCCGGAAUCGCAGGGCCGUAGGUUCGAUUCCUACCAGAGGACCUGGCCUUGUGCUGCAUUUUUUGCAGUCGUUACUGGUUAGGUCUUAAAAUGUAUAUAUUCUCACUUGGAUUACAAACCCUAACAUCCUAAUAUUAAUUCCACCAAGUGAAGUGCAAGAACUAAGUUAUUAAGGAAAAUGUUUCGAAUGAUUUGUUUAAUUGAGCUUUUGAAUCCUGCCAAGGAGUAAUAAAAUCAAACGUACUUGUGUGUCAUCUACGCAUGUAUGUUAAUUCGAUUUUUUAGAUGCCCCCUAAUUGUUUCUGGUAGCACAUGUGUUUCAAAGUUUAUCUGUACUUAUAAUACGAAAAAAUGACCAUUCAUGCAUUAUUCUUUUCUACGUGCGAUAUUAUACAAAUAAUGAAUAUUUUUUCGUGCAAUGGUAAGAACAUUUUUAUGAGGUGAAAGAUGGAAUGUUCCAUUCAACGAGGCGACAGCCGAGUUAUGGAACAUUCCAUCUUUCACCGAAUGAAAAUAUUCUUACCAUUGCACGAAUAAACAUUCAUUAUUUGUAUAAUAUAAUACCAAAAUAAACUAAUAGAUUCGUACGAGAAGCAUUUGACGGAUGCGAUUUAUCGAAAACACAAAGAGUGCAAUGGAAUAAAACGUAUAGUACAUACGGAAUGGAACGUAUUCCAUUGCAGUCUUGGGAAAUGGAAUUUUCUAUUCAAUAUCACGUGACCAUAAACAGCCAAUUAAACGAUUAGAAUUCAAUAAGGUAUUAUAUAAUAAUUAAUUAAUGAACAUGAAAAGAUGUCUCAAUUCUGAAUGGCUGAGAGUAGUGCGAUCGUAAUUACAGGUAAACUACGUCAGGCGUUCUUCUUUUGAGUUCCUAACUUGAUUGCAAUUUUCCUUAUUACGUUUGCUUAUUACAUUUGCAAAAACUCAAUUUCCAAUGCAGAGAGUCUUCCUGUUAAAUUUUCAUAACUUCCUGUUUUAAUUUCCUGACUUCCUGCUGUGUUCUGAGCGUUGCCAUUGGUGGAUAAUUUUGGUUAGCCAAUUACAAUGCACAUAACAGAACAUAAUCCCUUACCAGCAGACAAUUUUAAGAAAUAUAAGGAAAAACAUACUCCGUAUAAUAACGCCAUCUUGUAAACUCAAGAUAUGAGUUAUUUAAAGAAAACAAGAUACAAAUUAUGGUGGUGAUAUUUCGAGUCUUUGGUUUGACAAUGACCUUGAAAUAGAGUCGAUAUAUCACCACCAUAAUUUGUGUCUUGUUUUCUUUAAAUAACUCAUAUCGUGAUGGCAGAACAGGAAGUAUGAAUUUGUAACAGGAAGUUUAAAUCAUUUCUAAGAGGAAGUUAAGAACUUUUAAAAGGAACUGAUGAAAAUUUAAUCGGCGUACUUGCACACGAAAUCCCUAUCGAGGCUAACUGAGCGAGCACAAUACAAUAUUAGUAUUAAUUGUACCAUGUUUAGGACAACUUAUAGGUCGCUUUUGACUCCUUUGGAUUACAGUGUAUAAAACAUUUUUGUAUAGAAAGAUUAAUAAUUCAGUAAUUACAGCACUAUAUUAUUCUUUUUUUACAAUAUUAAAUUUGUGAAAUGUUCUUUUAGAAUAUUUACUGAAAAUGGCACAGCGUAUUCUCCCCGAGAUUUCACUCAUUUGGACCAGAUUGGAGUAUUUAAUCCAGGGGUUGGAAAUGAUGCUAAAGUUUCCUUUUCAAUCGUCAUUUCUAAUGAUGUUGUGGUAGAGAAUACAGAAUCUUUCUUCGUACAGUUGGCUGAAAUAAAUUCUGCUCUACAAAUAGUUAAUCCUAACAGAUCAACUGUAUUCAUCCAGGACAAUGAUGGUGAGUUUAAGUGAUCCAAUUGUUCUAUGGGGAACGAGCUUUGACACAUUGUUUAAAAUAAUAUUACUUGUGCUCACUAAUUUUUUUUUAUCUACUUAAAGCUUUUGAGGCUCAGUUCACCCAUGGUGAUCUUACAGUAAACGAAGAAGCUGGAUCAGUACAGAUUUCUGUUCGGCUAAAUGGACAACAUGAGCGAGAAGUUACGAUUAGGUAAGAAUUGACCAUUAAGCUGGCCACAGUCGGUAAACCGUUGGUUGUUAAUUCUUUGGCGUGAUUUCUUCAUUUUGCUUAGGAAUCUGUCUCAUUGAAUACGCUGUGUUUCAUUUUUCAGUGAAAAAGCAAUACGUUAUUUUUUGUGACACGUGUGUUCUCUACUAACAUCGUUUAAUUAAAUAUACUUCGAAAUACAGGUUAACAACUACUCAGAUCACCGCAACUGCUGGUGCAGAUUAUGAAAAUCAAGUUGUAGACCUGCAGUUCUCUCCUGGAGAUUCUCUUGAAGCUUUGGAUAUCCGGAUAUUGGAUGAUCUAGUUAUUGAAGGAACAGAAACGUUCCGGGUUACAAUCAGUUCAAAUGAUGCGCAAGUCAGAAUCGUGGAUCCACCAAGCAUUACAGUUACGAUCAUUGACACAGAUGGUAUGUUAUUGGAUUUAAACAUAUAUAUUAGAGAGGUUCAGAUUUGACUUCUACUUCCGCUACCAUUAACCAAUCAGAUGUGUUUGAUAUAUCCAAUUAACCAAUCAGGUAUGUAUUAAGCCAAUGAGAGGUAGUAGUAGCGGUAGUUGAAGUCAAAUCUGAUUCUCUCUAAUAACCAGAUGGCUUCGGAUGAGUUAGACGGAGAAGAUUUGCUAAAAUUUAUGAUUUUUUGAUAUAUGUAAUAAUUGGCUCAUUCUAAGAAGAAGAAUGAAUCUUCGUCUCGAUCAACCUAUUCACUUGUCAACCUUCUCUGAUGUGAUGUCAUUAGCAUUUUCCUUUGCUUUUUACUCUGUUGAUCAAAAUGCAAUAAAAAAUCGUAUUUGCGGUUUUGGCACAGGCUAAUUUCAAAGUUCAGACCUGAUCAAUUUAUUUUAUAUGUGUUUGUUCUAUUCGUGCUAUGUAUUUACGUGGCUAAAUAAAUUACAGUCGAUUUCAACUUACUUUUCACUCAAAUGUUCCGAACUUCGCAAAUUCGUUGCCAAGUUCAAAAGUUCAUCUUGAAAUUCACAAACACGUUUGUAAACUGGGCAUUUGAUUGGCUGGUUUGAUUUAAUAGCCAAUCAGAGGCUUUGUUUACAAACCUGUUUGUGAAUUUCAUUAUGAACUUUUGAACUUGGCAACGAAUUUGCGAUCGAAGUUCGGAACGAAGUUCGGAACAUUUGAGUGAAAAGUAAGUUGAAAUCGACUGUAAAACAAAGUGGAAUUAUACCUGAUAUUAAAUUAGAUUUCAUACUAGCUAAAUUUGUUAGAUUGUGCAGUAUUUAUCCAUAUAGCCUCUAAUUUCUAUAACACAAUUAUCAUUGUGUUUUACGUAUUCCGUAUUUUGUUUCUAUUCUGUUUCUAUUCAUCGUGUUAAUGAAGUUCAUGCGUAUGAUACGCGGAAUGCGAACUUCUAUUUCGUUCCAAGGCGUAAUUUUUUAAAGUUCACUCAGUCACGAUAUUCGUAAUUCUUCAUCUGUUGUAGACAAAGAUUAAAAUAAUAUCUAUUAAACUUAUAGCUUUUCUGUCUUUCCUCCAUUUUGCUUCAUCUUACUGAACUUAGUUAAUAGCGGCUUAUUGACCGAGCGUGAGGUCUGUACUGUGAAAUAUCAGACCGAGGUUUUUCAGUAUGCAAAAAACAGAGGUCUGAUAUUUCACAGUACAGACCGAACAAGCGAGGUCAAUAAUUGGUUUAUUAUAUGGCUGAACUGAGUUAUCGUCAGUUUCACUGGGUAACAAUAUACGGUAGGCAUGCAUGCUCAAUCAAAAACAAUUUGGUUGUUUGAAAUUUUUAUCUGUACAUUUUAAUGACACACAAUUGGAAAAUUAAAAAACAAAAAUUCAGUUUUCUGUUUGCAAAGCAAAAAUUUCCGAUAAACGACAUCCGGGACACCGGUCCAGAUACGGAAAAUACGGACAUGGGUUUUUACGGAUAUGGGUUUUUACGGACCGCUUAAGCGUCAACCAAUCAGAAUAGAGAAUUUUGAAAAGCCAUAUAAUAAUAGUGUGUAUUUACCUCUUGAAUAUUUUAUUUAAAUCGCCUUUCCGGUUUUAUCAGAUUGCAAAUAGAUAGCCCAAAAUUUAUGAGCCGUGUGGUUUCUCUUGGGCUUCCUUGCCAGUUUUUUAUUUUUAUAUAUAUUUGUACUAUUCGUGCUAUGUAUUUAUGUGGCUAAAUAAAUUGACUUGACUUGUUUCCGUGUUUUAUUCUGUAUAGUGGCAACGGUUUCGUUCAAUCAAACCGAAUACCGUGUGAGUGAAGAUGUAGGAAGUUCCGCUCUUUGGGUGGAAUUAAAGAACGACUUGCAACUUAACGCAGAAGUGAAGUAAGUAUAUGUAAUGUAUGCAAUAAAAUAGCAGUUAAGAAGUAGUAAUUAUAAAGUACGUAUUUAACUCAUAGGCGUACAAGAGGAUAAGAAUUAUGGGGAAACGACAAAAUUUGCCCGAUCUUAUGAUUUAACCUGUUGAUGAGUUUUCAUAAGGGUUAGGGAGCAGCGGAUAGUUGCGAACUUCACAAAUAUUGACACUUAAAGGAUCAGUAAAUAAACUAAAACAAUUAAGACCAUUGCAUGCGUUUAAUAAAAAUAAUGAAAAGUUUAACAUACGUGUUAUUCAUGAUGAUAAUGUAGAGAACGAAUAAAGUUUCUAUGGUUUGAUAAAUGCUGAUCGUACAGUACAACUGGUUAAAGUAUGCAUCGAGGAUAAUGAUAGUGAGAUGUUUACACGAUAAAUUGCCUGAAAAUAUCUUUCCAAGCAUAUAAUUGCUUCAUUCCCAAAUGAUUCCCAAUUUACAUUCCCGAUUUAUAUCUUAACAACCACAAUUUCUUAUCCUUACUGUCCUAAUCUGAAUCUUGACACUAUUUUUGACCUAAUCCUUACCCUAAUCCCUGUUCUCUUAUCCUAACCCAAUUUUAGUCUUAAUAUUAACUCUAAUCCUCACCUCAAACUCUAAUUAUAGCCCUUACCCUAUAGCUGUUGAUGAGUUUAAACGGUUACGGAGCAGCGCGGAUAGUUGCGAAUAGUUGACACUAAAAGGAUCAGUAAAUAUACUAAAACAAGACUAUUUCGUUUAAUAAAAAUAGUAAAAAGUUUAAUUAACAUACGUGUUUCGCUCUGAUAAUUUUCCGUUGUACUAUUGGCAAGUUUUCUUUUGUUUUAGUGUUCAGGUUUAUAACUUCCCGGAUACUGCUAAAAGCCCAGAAGACUAUACAUUUGCAAAUACUUUAACCAUACUGACUUUCCGCGGUGGACAAACAAAACUUCUACCAAUUUAUUAUAAUGUUAUUGAUGAUAAUAAUGUGGAGAACGAAGAAAGUUUCUAUGGUUUGAUAAAUGCUGAUGGUGUGACUGUACGAGCGGAGGAACCGCUGUUGGUUAAAGCAUACAUCGAGGAUAAUGAUGGUGAGAUAUUUACACGAUGAAUUGCCUGAAAAUAUCUUUCCAACCAUAUAAUUGCUUCAUUCCCAAAUGGUUCCCAAUUUACAUUCCCGAUUUGUAACUUAACAACCACAAUUUCGUAUCCUUACUUUCUAAUCCUUACUAUCCUAAUCCGAAUCUUAACACUAAUCCAGCACUAAUCUUAACUUAAUCCUUACCCUAAUCCCUAUACAUGUACCAUUAUCUAAUCUAAUUGUAUUCUUAAUCUAGACUCACCUCAAACUCUAAUUCUAGCCCUUACCUUGAUACUUAUCAUAACAUAAUAACGUGCACUGUAGUGUUAUUAUGAGGAACUAAAUGUUGUUCCCUAUCCUUUUCCCAUACAUUACACCUUAUACAACUGGACUCUGUUGCUCAGUAGAGUUGGAGCGCUUCACCGCAAUCGCAGGACCGCACGCAGGUUCAAUUCCUGCUAGAGUAGAGGGCCGAUUAUGUUGGAUCAGGGCAGAUGGUUGUACAGUACAUCCAAAAAUGUAUAAAAUUCACAUUCAAAAUUUCCAUCUAUACUUAAAGCCAUUAACAUGUUAUUAUGAGGUCAUUUCGAGACAUUUGUAUUUAAGAUCAACAUAGAUUUCAUUGUCAGAAUCAGGUUUGCCUGAAGAAUAUGUAGGGUACUGAUAAGGAACACGUUCGAGGCUGAAUAUUUUCUGUAUUCAAAUUGGGAGAACUAAUGCGGAAAGUAGGGCAACUAAUGCAUUAGUCAUUAUAAUAAAAUAAAACUUUGCCAUAACAAUUCUUAAUCAAGAACCAUAAAUUUCAUAAAUUUUUUUAUAAUAUAGCAUUUGUAAAUUCUGAAUGCUGAUUGGCUAAGAGCCGUGUUGAUAUAACUCAAUGUCAACACGGGAAAUUUUCCGCCGCUUGUAAACACGGAAAUUUUGCUUAUCCUUCGGGCUUUUGACAUUGCUAUAUUAUAAAAAAGAUAUAAAACAUUUUUUCCGUAUUGAUAUAUAGUUAUGUCAACACUCGUGGAAGUUGGGAAAACUCGAAAUUGUAUGAAAACACUCCGCCCUUCGGGCGUCGUGUUUCCAUACAAUUUCUCGUUUUCCCAAUUCCACUCGUGUUGAUAUAACUGUAUAUCAACACGGAAAAUGUUUUAUAUUUGGUAAAUAUCACGCAUGCAAUCUUUGCGUUUCUUUAUGUAGUUGCCAUUGUUGGAUUUACCCAAGCACUAUAUACUGUGAAUGAGAACGCGGAUGCUGUUGUGGAAGUUCAACUGCAGAACACUCUAGCUGUAUCUGUGACUGUGAGGUAACGUUACCGUUUGUUAGGUUUAAGUUAAUGAAUACAAUCCACAAACAACUUCCGGGAGCCAAGAAUCCUAAACUCCAAACAAAGGGCUACGUUACUACUGAUGAAGAUAUUAGACUGGAGUCUCGAAUCCUUGGCUCAUAAAUGAGAUUAGUUUGGGGUUGCAUUCAUCAAAUCAGAGAGGAAACAUGUCUGACUAACAACAUUUUAUUGACAAAUACAUUUUGGUGGACGAGUAUACAAAAUAUUUUGGACUGUUAGUUUAGGGUGGAAAUAGCAUCGAAUUAAUAUUUCGUAAACAGUUUCUUUGAAGCCUUGCCUUAACGUUUUCAAUAUGUUAGUUUGAAACAGCAAACUCUUUUCUAAUAUGGAUUGUUGAUUUGCUGUGCUAGUAAGUGGCUGGAAAAUUAUAUACCAUCUAUGAAGAACUACUCCAGUAACAAGUAGGAUCACGGUCUCUAUGAUAUGAAGACGAAAAACGAUAGAGUAAGGACUAUGACCGAAUUUCUUGACUAUAUCCAGACUGCAUGACCCUGAUGCUACAUAGCUUUGCUUUGAUAUGCGACACUGGGCUAAUAACUUUGGUAUUCGUGGAAGGAUGGUAGUAAUCGGCCAUUCUCUUACAAAGUAUUUUAUUAUAAAAACCUGUGCACGGUCACAUGAACUUUUGGACAGUUAAAUAAUUAUCCCCAAAGUUAUCAUCUAGUCGAAAAUGGCCAUGCUGCUAAAAUACUAAUAAGCAUGCAAUAUUCAUUAGAUUUGUGCAUGGUGAAGUAUACUGUAGUCUUAACAAAAGGUCGUUGUUCAUUUAUGAAGCUUUUUCCCUAACUUUCCAAGAUCCCUUGCCAUUUGUUGUUUGACUAUGGCAACAAUUUAUCCUUCAUGUGCUGUAAAUAUAUGGUUCUAUUAUUGUUUCAGUAUUAAGACAACAACUGGGACUGCUGGCUCAAAUGACUUUGGUGGAAUUACAAGAAGGGAUUUAACCUUUGAUCCUGGGGAAACUACCAUUCCAGUAACUAUUCAAAUAGUUCGCGAUGUGAAUGUCGAGAACAAUGAAAAUUUUAUUGUAUCUUUGGAAACUACCCAUCCACGAGUGCAAUUUUCUCGAAAUACAGCAACAGUUAGGAUUGACGAUGACGAUCGUGAGUAUUUUAUCUUAUUUAUUGUUUGUGACAAAAUAAUUAGCGAAAACGUCUGGUAAAUUUUUAAGAUGAUGAUAGCGAAACAUAAAUAAUGCGGUUAAGUAGUCAUUGAUUUUAAAAAUGUCUAGAAUAUUCAUUCUUUAAAAUAUAAACUCAGUUGUUCCAAAUAAAAGUUAGGUGACAUCAAACGUGCGAUUUUUUUAAAAUUUCUGUACCUGCAUUACUCUUCCUUUGGGUGUAGAUAAAAGGCGGACGGAUAAAAGGCGGACGGAUAAAAGGCGGACGAUGGACCGCGGACGACGGACGGCGGAGCAUUUUAUAAACACAUGAAUGCUGAAUAAGAAAAUUCAUUGCUAAGAAUUCGAACGGGUGAAAACAUUCACUUGUACUUUAAUUUAGGGCAUUAUAAUUAGUUGCGGUAGUAAUCAUGCGUUUAUAAAAUGCUCCGCCGUCUGUCCGCCUUUUAUCUACACCCAAAUUUUAUGGUUGAAGUAAAAUUGCAAUGAAAUAGAUAACUUUCAUGUUAGACUAAUUUUUUAUCUAGGCAAAAAAAGUAAUUUCCCGUAAAGAACUUACCAAAAUUAGUAAAAUUUCAAAAUUUGGUUACGAAAUGUUGUGAAAUAUGGAAAAUAUAGCCUUGCGAAGUUUGCAUAUUUUGUAUAUGUUUGUAUUUACGUGCGGAAAUUGUUACCAUUUUUGAGCCGAAAAUGGUAGCAAUUUCCGCACGUAAUACAAACAUAUAUACCCUAACAUUUUUAUUCAUCGGGAAUCCUAUAUAGAAUUAAUAAGGAAAAUGUUUUUAUAUUUUUUUGUUUGUGGAAAUACCUUAAUGCAUCAUUGGAAAUAAUAAUAUUAGGUAUUCUCUUGUAAAAUUAUACUUCUUUCUUCCACGUACGUGUUGUCCCGAGAAAGGAUCACGUAAUUUUGUUAUUACAGUAAUAAUGCUGAUUGUUUUUAGGUGUCAGCAUCGCAUUCCAACAACCUCGGUACAUUGUAAAUGAAGAUGAUGGAUCUGUUCAAAUCAGUUACCCAAUAGUUGGUUCCACUGACGUCCCUCUGAAUUACGUGUAUGUUUAGUACUGAUGUGAUUUUUAACAAAAUAACGGGAUAAAAAUCGGGAUUUUGUUGGCAUCUCAAUCGAUUCAAUAAUAGUUGAAGGGUCUUGUACAUGGAAAUUAUCUAGAGUGGAAAUUUUGUAUACAUUUAUUAGACCUAACCAGGAACAGUUGCGAAAAAUGCAACUACAUGCAGGGUGUAUAAAAAAAAACUGAACAGAUUUGAAAUUGCUCUCAAUUUUGCAAAACAGCUAUUAGUAUCCAGUUUUUUAUAUAUAUAGUUUCUUUGGGUACUUAUAAUGUAGAAAAAUCAAAAAAAAUUCUCGAACUCAAAUUUUGUGAACCAGGGGGGGGGGGGUCUUUUCCAACAAACUAAAAAUGGCUUGAGCACGAAAUUUAAAAGCUGUAAUCAUAUUUUGAGUUAAUAGAUGGAAUAUUUGUUGGGGUUUUAAUUACUGUACAAAAUUUCGGACAAUUUGCUUUAGUUUAAGCCCUUUAACUAUUCACGCAAACUUACAUUUUUUUCUAAAAAAUCAGCUAUUUGCAUGCUUAAUCAGCAAUAUGUCAAAAUGAAUAGUUAAAGGGCUUAAACUAAAGCAAAUUGUCUGAAAUAUUGUACAAUAAUUAAAAACCCAACAAAUUUGCCAUCUAAGUUCUUUGUAUGUUUGCAUGGCGAUAAAAAAUAAUAGUUUUGUUUGUGGAAACACCACGUAAAUGUAUUACUGCAAAGCUUUCGAUCCGUAAGCCCGGAUCUUCAUCAGUGCUAAUAAUAUGUGACUUGUUUAAUUCACACGCUCUUUUUAUAUAGAAAAGUGUGGUGAUCUGUUGGCUCGCGUCAUUUGAAAUUUAAUUGAAUGGCACAUCAACCACGUCAUUUCAAACGUAGUGAAGUGACUCCAAUUAACGCGCGCGCAUCCAAGACAAGAGAAAUUAAUUUUGCACAUUAAAGAGAGCACGCCACGUACUAUCUAGUGGCUUUCCCUCCUGAUCUAUAGUAUUGUGCUUCUCGAUUUCAAUUGACUCUCUCAUUUUGCGAGAGAAGUCCAAGUAUGUUUAGCCACAUACAGCAGAUUUAGAUAAUAAGUUCUUUGAAUGUUUGCAUGGCGAUAAAAUAUAAUGUGUUUGUGGAAACACCACGUACAAUUUAUUACUACAAUUUAUUAUUACAUUAUUGCAGUAAUAGAUUUAGAUAAAUCUGAGCAAGAUAAAUCGAGCAAGAUAAAUCAUCAAGAUGAAUCAUCAUCAUAAUCUCGAGCAAGAUAAAUCUGCUGUGGCUUCAAAUCGAAAUCGAGAAGCACAAUACUAUAGAUCAGGAGGGAAAGCCACUAGAUAGUACGUGGCGUGCUCUCUUUAAUGUGCAAAAUUAAUUUCUCUUGUCUUGGAUGCGCGCGCGUUAAUUGGAGUCACUUCACUACGUUUGAAAUGACGUGGUUGAUGUGCCGUUUAAUUAAAUUUCAAAUGACGCGAGCCAACAGAUCACGACACUUUUGUAUAUAAAAAGAGCGUGUGAACUCUUUGGCACAGACACAGAAUAGGAAGUUAUACCAGAAGCGUAACUCGAGCAAAUAUUUGUCCGCGUUUUUACAAGCGAUUCGUCAUCAAUCACGCCAUCCUGGCUAGUACAACCGGCACUUUGUACCUACCAAAUCCUGAUAAAAACUUCCGGCUGUACUAGCCAGGAUGGCGUGGCCUGACGUGAGCGAGUUAAAAUUUUCGUGGACGUCAGACAAUAAGGGAAACGACUAGAGUUACGCUUCUGGUAUAACUUCCUAUUCUGUGGCACAGAAUAGAAAAUAGACCAGAAACCUCACUUAGCCAAAAUUAUGUCCGAGAUUUUUUAUGCGCAGGCGCGAGCCAGCAAGUGUAAUCACGACGUCAUCAAACGCCAUCACUAGGUAAUAAAGAUUGCUGUUUUAACCGUUUUGCUGACGAACGCUGACGUGAUGUUCGCAGCAAGUGUCACACACGUCAUCUAGCGUGCGAAAUUCGUGAUCCGCAAGGCGAAAAUCGCGGACACGAAAAUGUUAGGAAAAGAUAUACAGUGAGGCUUCUGGUCCAUUUUCUUUUCUGUGUCUUUGGUGUGAAUUAAACAAGUCACAUAUUAUUAGCACUGAUGAAGAUCCGGGCUUACGGUACGAAAGCUUUGCAGUAAUAAAUUUACGUGGUGUUUCCACAAACAAAACUAUUAUUAAAUUUGCCAUCUAUUGACUCAAAAUAUGAUUAAAGCUUUUAAAUUUCAUGCGCAAGCCAUUUUUAGUUUAAGUUCUUUGAAUGUUUGAAUAAAUUUACCUGGUGUUUCCACAAACAAGAACAAUUAUCAUUUUUAGUUUGUUGGAAAGACGCACCCCCCUGGUUCACAAAUUUUGAGUUCGAGAAAUUUUUUUCAUUCUACAUUAUAAGUACCCAAAGAAGCUAUAUACAUCAAAAACUGGAUACUAAUAGCUGUUUAGCGAAAUUGAGAGCAAUUUCAUAUCUGUUCAGUUUUUUAUACACCCUGUAUAGGUCCCUGGCAGGAAUCGAACCUGCGGCCCUGCGAUUCCGGUGCAGCGCUCGAACCAACUGAGCUACAGAGUCCAGUUGGUUAGGUCUAAUAAAUGUUAGGCCUGUACAUAUUUCUAUGUAUGUAUAUAUGUUCUAAAUUUCCACUCGAUAAUUUUCAUCUACAAGACCCUUCAACUAUUAAUGUCCAUGUAAUGGAAAUGAACAGGCAAUUGAAGAGCUCUGAAAUAUUUUUAUUCGUUCUUAAAUAUUUGUGCGUUGUAAGAAAUGAUGCGAUGUUGUCUCUGAAUGUGUCCACACCAGGCAAGCUAGUCCAAUGCUCCGGUGUGGACACACUCAACGUCACAAACAAUCCAAACAUAUAUAUAUCUUCACCUAAGUGCAUAACACUAGAAUCAAAACAGUUCAUUAAUGAGCAAGCAUAAGAAAUUUAAAUAAGCUGACAAAUGGGUCUAAAUAUUCUUAACAAGUACACAGUCCACGUUAAAAAUUAUGUGUAAUAUUUCCCCUUUCAAACAUGUAUACGUAUUGAUUUUUUGUCAAAUAGUUUAUGUCUCUAUCUUUUAUAGUGUUCACAUUGAUCAAGGCAGCGCACGGCUAGGUUCUGACUAUCUUGGGAUCGCUCUACCAGUAACAAUAUCACAAGGAACAACUCAAAACACUGUAACUGUCCAACUUGUUAACGAUGAAAAUAUUGAAUCAAAUGAAACGUUCGCAUUGCGUAUGGAUAACCUGAAUGAUGCGCGCAUUAUUCUGGCAAAUCCCUCAACCACAACAGUUGAAAUUCUCGAUGACGAUGGUGAGUGUUGCACAUCGUUUUGAACUUAAGGCUGAUUUCCACUGUUGCGUUUUUCAUACGUACGUGUACGCACGUAAAACUUUAAAUCCGUUUAAAUGUUACUUAUGAAAUAACCAAAUAAAUAAAGCAACAGAAUUUUGUGUUCCGCAAGUUUUAUAGUAUGCAUUUGUUAACUUAUUUGUAAAAUAUUUAAAAAAUAGAAGGAUUCAAAGUUUUACUACAGUACGUGCGUACGAAAAACGCAACAGUGGUGAAAUUAGUCUUCACACUAAAUCGAGCUAAGGUCUGGAAACAUAGCCGACUUCACCGUGAACAAAUCUGAUAUUAAUAUUUCAACAGUACUGAUUCAGAAUUAUUGCAUUUCAAGAACAAUACUUAUUUUCACAUAAAACAUGCUAUGCACAGAUAAUUUUUCAAAUAUUUUUACUGACUGAUGUAUAAUGCGUGGUUUUUAAACUAUUUAUCAAACAUGUGUUGAAAGAGAAAAAGAGAAGUAUAAAUUUCAGUUCUGUUCACUAAUAUCUAUACACAUAAUUACUGAAUUAUUUGACGAGAUGAUGCCAUUGGAUAGUAGCCUGCAUGUAGCAGCCGUGUUUUUUUUUGGGGGUGGGUUGCGGGCUGGAAAAUUAGGGCGGGAGAAUAUUUCCCGCCCUAAUUUUGCAUAAACAUGAAACAAAACUAGAAAAAGGCUCAUGAGUUUCAAGACCAUGACUUGAUUAAGGGCGGAGGUACUGGGAAGAGGGGGCACUGGCUUCGCCAGUGAUUUUUGCAGGCAAACCCGCCCCACAAUAAUAUUAUUAAUUAAAAGACCUCAGACAGAAAACCGUCGCUUCUAUUGGAAACAUUGCAUUCCUUCAAUCGGAGAAAAAGGCCGAUCGAAACCUAUAUAUAGUCGCUCUCGCCCCAGCGACUAAUUAUUUGUUCUUUUUUAGCUGCAACUGUUGAGUUUACACAACCGCAAUACAGUGUUUUGGAAAGCGGUGUGUCUGUUACUGCUACCUUGAAUUUAACGGGAAUACUUGAUCAGGCUACCACAGUAAGGUACGCUCCUGGCGAAUACAUUUUUGGAUUGGAAGCCGAAAAUGGCCACAGCAAAAAUAUGAGGAAACAUCACGGCAAAUAUGGCAGUGAUGGAAGUAAAAGUGGCGACGGAAGUGAAUCUACAAUUCAUUCAUUUCAAUUCAAGAUGCCAUCUUUGGAAGAAGAUUUGAUACGUGAUUAUUUCAGUCAAGGAUACGGAUAUAAAGAAAUCAUUUGAUGUUGAAAACCGGCAUAUCCGAAGAGACGAAAGCCAAAUUUUGACAUAGAUUUAGUUCCAGAAGAUCAGAGAUUUAUUGAAGGCGCCAUCUUGAAUUGAAUUGAAUUGAAUUAAUUUUGGAUUCAAUUCCGUUGCCACUUUUACUUCUGUCUUCGCCAAAUUUGCCGUGAUGUUUUGAGAAAAAAUUGCGAUUACAGUAUGUCUCCAUAUUAAAAGAGGCCACUAUGGCACUUCUGGGCUCGCUUAAAAAAUUGUGCAUUGUUUUCUCACUUUUUGCCGUAGCACUAGGUAGGAAGAUGACGUAGGAGGUAGGGAGGUAAGUAGAUCGCUAUCAAAACAUCGCGCAUGAACAACGAAUAUGCGAAAUUUGUAAUGCUGAAUUGAAGGGAUCUAACCAAGGAAAUUUAUAAUCCUGAGGAUUCGAGUCUGUGUGAAGUGGCACACAACUCGCCCAUUGACUAACUUGUCGAAUCGAGCAUGUUGUUAAAUUUACUGUCACAUGAAUUGCAAGUAAGUGAGUGGCUACGUAGGUUAGCACUAUUUUCCAUCCAGCAAACUGACCUGACGUCAUUUUCGCCAGAUAGAAGAGGUGUUAAAUGGCUAUGUAACUAACCCAAACCCUACCCCUACUCUAACCCCUAACCCUAACCUCAACCCUAACCGAAUUAAUAAAAAAAAAUCCAAAAAGAAACGACUUUACAAAAUCGACAGGACGGUUUGCUGGAUGGAAAAAAGUGCUAACCGGCUAGGUAAGCUUGUGGGUGGGAAGGCAGAAUAAGUAGGCAGGCAAAAAUCCAAAGGAAUGUGUGGGUAAAAUCACAGGAAACUAAAUUUGCAGGAUAACAAUUAAAAAUUUACAACAGUUUAAAUUUGUGACACAUAUUUUCGUUGACUUCAGUGUAUCAAGCCACGACGUCACCGCCAUUGCUGGCCUAGAUUAUACAGCGAUUUCAAAUCAAGAAAUAACAUUUACACCUAAUGGACCAACUGAACAAGACAUUGUGGUACAGAUUAGUAAUGAUUCUCUCCUGGAAGGAACAGAAUCUUUCCUUCUAGCUGUUUCCUCGCAAAAUGUCAAUACUAGAAUUGGAGAUAAUGCAAAUACAACUGUGAGGAUUCUUGACAACGACGGUAAGUGUUUGUUCGAAGGAAACCUUGAAAAACUUGCUUUUUGUCUUGUUUUUUCUUCAAAUACUCAAUACAUGUCUCAAAAUCCUGAUGAUUAAGCCUUGGUCCUUAUUCUUAAUAAAAAAUCCAUGUUGUACGUUAGAGAAAUGGUUUUAGCAAUGAUCGUGAACGGUCUGUGCCAGUGUAUGUAGUGCCAAUCAUAAGAAAGCUUCUGAUGGAUACAACUACCUGAAAAAUACAAAGAGAACUUCGACGUUUCGAGCCCUAGUUCACUAAUAAGGACCUGAUGUCACUAGUCAUUUAAUAUAAUAUUCUUAAUUAUUAGAAUUACUUAAUCUGUCUAGUAGUAUCUAGUAUAGCAAAUCCUAAAAUAUGAUUUUCAGAGCCUAAAUAACAUAAAGUCAGUUUUAAACCAUAUUUUGUUCAUAUUUUACAGUUGUCAGUGUUGAUUUUGUACUAACAAGUGUUAAUGCAUUGGAACAAGUUAGUGCUGCAAUCGUUGAAAUUGAGAUACAAGGAGCCCGAACACUACCUGUCACCGUUAGGUAAUUAUAGAGCAAAAAAAUAUUUCAGUAACGCUAAUAUUACCUUUGACCCCUAUAUCUUAACAAACUUAAAUGUAACAUUUGUUGCAGGCUUUUAUGCAGAUUAAUAUAAUGCCCUUUUUUGUCGAAGGCACCACAAUUAUUCCUACAGCAGUUCAGGAAUAGUAUCUUUAGUUAAUAAAGUGAUAGAGUUGAAUCAGUUGUUGGAAAACUCACUUCUGAUUAUGGUCUCAGGUUUUAGCAUACCAACAUUCUGACCACUGCUUAAGCUACUGGGAUCCCGAUUGAGACACCCUUAUUGAAAUACUUUGGUUCAUUCAUGCUUGAGACAUUCAGUAAUUCAUUUUUCAACAAGUAAUUUGAUUGUAUUUAGACACCACGUUAAGUAAUCAUGAUUAUAUUUAUAAACCACAAACCAACAUAUAUUACUAUGUUCUCUUUCAGAGUUCAGUCGAUCAAUUUAAAUGCAGAAUCUGGAAGCGAUUACACCGCAGUUGACACAGAAGUUACCUUCCAGACAUCUGAAAGCACAAAAAGCGUGCCUGUGCUUAUAACAAACGAUAAUUUGAUUGAAAUUGAUGAACAAUUCAUUUUACGUCUUUCAUCUGAUGAUAAUAAUGUUAUAAUAAACGAUAAUGAAAUGAGGAUAACAAUUGUAGAUAAUGACGGUACGUGAUACACGGUAUAUGAACAGGCUAUCCAUUUCUUAAUGAAUAAAUUCAGGAUAUUGUUGGAACUCAUCGAGCUCUUCACCAAUAACACACAUUUCUGGUGCGGAAUCGGUUUCGUGCGUUAUAAUUGUAUCAUGCGUCGAGUUCGUCUCUACUUCCGAAAAUGCAGGACAAAGAUUUAUAAAUUUCUCUUCAAAUGUUCAUCAAAAUCCUGCCAAAAUUGGACCAAUUUGUCUCUACCAACCAUCGGAGAUAGGAAUGUUUUGGCUAAUAUAUUUGCUCUUUUCUUGUUUCAGUGGCUGCCAUUAGAUUUGAACAAUCAUCUUAUACAGUCAAUGAAGCAAAUGACAAUGUGACCCUUCACAUACUAUUGACUGGCAAUCUUGGUAUUCCUGUCUCAGCAGAGUAAGUGGUUGUUAUUUAUAGUUAUCAGUGGAAGGGAGACACUUGACUAGUUCAUUUCUUUUUUCAAUGGGAUAACAUGUAUUAUCUAUUCAAAAUUUUGGUCCAAAUGUUAUGUCAGAAAACGCAGUAAAUACAUUCUUAUUGGGGAAGCAAGCCUGAAAGCUACUAUAUUACUAACCUGAAGUUCAGGCCCUAAUUUUAAAUAGGAGGGCCUGAACUUCAGGUUACUAUAUUAUCGUCAACAAAUUUCCUUUUCGAUCUGCAUGAACGUUAGUGUGGAAUGUUAUUCCCAGAUGAGGUGGUCUCUUGUAACAUCACAUUUAAGCCAACCACGAACAAUUUCAUAAGUGCACCAAAAUUUUGAAUGAUGAAAUUAGCUGAAUGAAAAAUUGCGAUUUACAAAUAAUAACUUUUAAGCUUGUCGUUUCAAAGGUCUGCCAAAACUCUACCAAACAGUUUUUUGUGUAUAGAGAUUUUAAUGAAAUAAAUCUAUAUCUGAAUUACCUUUCUUGUAGAGUCCAGCUUAAUGCACAAACUGCUGAUGAUGGUACAGAUUUCACAAUCCCAAUAACAAGGACAGUGACGUUCUCACCCGGGUCUAAUAGAGCAGAUAUUACUAUAAAUAUCAUUGACGAUGAUAUUGUUGAGGCAACGGAAACAUUCUUUGCCGAUCUGGCGGGAAUUGGUCCUAAAGUUAUACUAGGCUCACCUCGGAGAACAACUGUGUUUAUCCAGGACAAUGAUAGUAAGUCAGUUUCCAUAUUUAUUUCAUUCACGCACUUCAUUCACGUAUUUCAUUCUUAAAAUCCUCACCCUCUUAACUCGCCAAUAUUUCAAUAACUUUUAAACAUCAGAGUGAGUGUAGUAAAUUAAAACAAAAGAUGAGCCGAUGCUUAUAAACAGUUUUGACUAAUGUAAUGAGUGAAAUAUCGCUUUCUUUAACAUUUCCGUACAGUGCAUUUUACCACUAAAGUCUCAGUGUAAGACUUAAGCUACUGUAGUGAUGGGAUUAACAACACUUUAUUUAUUGAGGAUAAACAGAUAAAGUUACAACUUUUUCCCAAUCUGGUCCUCCUAAACUCUAUAGACACAACAACAAUAGCAUUAAACAUGACUAUUUUCAGUACUUCCUAUAGGAGUAUGAACAAAUGAAAUCAUGGGUAUAAUGUAAAGUAUUAACCAGUACUACAAUUCAGUUGUUCAUACCUUGAGAAAGUCCCAAUUUACUAAUUAGGCAAUUUUCUAACUAGUAUGUUUAAAUUAUAUUUACCGUACAGUAUAAUAAGUCAAAAUACGCGUUGACAAUACAACUCACAAGUGACUAAAGUGACAUUAUAAACAUGACAGUAUUUGACACUUUCUCCAUGUACGAACAACCGAAAGUUAGAUCAUGCUCAGCUAAAACUGCAGGCAUGAAUUUCGGCAGUUCGUACAUCAAGAAGGCAACCAACUUAUAGUCUUAAUAAAAGAAAAAACAUGCAAACAAACAAACACUAAAUGUUAUGGAUGAUUAUGCUCAAGAGUAGCACAUUUCCACUCGCUAUAGAAGUAGCAGUUCGACGAAUGGGAUCGAACAACUCGGUCAAACUUAAAUGUUGUUAAUUGAGUGCCGUGAAUGAGGAGCAUCUUGUUUGUUUUCCAGUGAAGAGUAUUUUGUUUACUUCCAUAAAACGUGUUUUGGUAACUUUUGUAUCAAGUAACCGUUAUUUUGCCAGUAGUGAAGUGUAAUCAAUAUGUUUAUUAUUUGUGUCUCAGAUGCCCUUGUACGUUUCUUAAUUUCAACAAGAAAUGUGAAUGAAGAUGCAGGAUUUUUGAAUAUGACGAUCGAGCUUAUUACUGUUAAUCCUUUACAAAGAGACGUUUCAGUAAGGUAAAUUGAAACCUUUUGUAACUAUGUUUCCUCAUACAGAAGCGUUGGGAAUUAUUGUGGCGAAGUGGUCAGGGCCAACCAAUGGUACUAACGAUUUUCACCUCUAGGAAUGCAGGUUUCAGUAUAGCUUUGAUAGAAUCGAACCCAAGACAUUCGUGUGUAUACGGUUCUGAAGGUUGUGGGGGGUUUUCAAGGAACUUUGGUUCCUCCCACACUGAAAUUCGUCAGCGUGCGCAAGGAUGCAAAAAGAAUAAGUUUGUUUUGUGUUUGGUUCCUCCCACACUGAAAUUCGUCAGCGUGCGCAAGGAUGCAAAAAGAAUAAGAUUGUUUUGUGAUGUCUGUUGUGCUAAGUAUGGUUUAUAGAUCGGCAAUUAUAUUAUAGUCGAAAGAAGGCCGUAAAACUAAAAAGUAUUAAUAAAUGUUUGUGAUAUGUUACAUGUAUUAAUAUAGAUUGCAAUGCAACAGUAAUUUACCACAGUCAUUCUCUUUCCACAGGUAUUCAACUGAAGAAGGUACAGCAGAAUCUCCUGAAGAUUUCUCAAAUGUGGUUGGAUCAACUGUGAUCUUUAGAGCAGGAGAUAGUAAUGGAGCCAGACAAUAUGGAAUUGUCCCAAUUAUUGAUGAUCAAAUAGUGGAAGCCUCUGAGUCAUUUAUUAUAAGGCUGAUAUCAAUAGAUCCUGGUUUGAUUCCCACAACAUUUUCAUCGACUACCAUCAGUAUCAUUGAUAAUGACAGUAAGUGGUUAUUGGAUUUUGCUUAGCCAAUCAUCACCAUCAGCAUAGUGUCUGUCAUUAUGAUGUCAUCGUCAUCAUCUAGCAUAUGCUCUUUUAUGAUGACUAUAACUAUUACCAUCACUAUUAUACCUUAAUCAUCAUGAUUAUCACCAUUCUCGUACACAGAGCCCUUCUUACGCGCGGUCAACAGAGCGCGACGAGGGGCUCUGGCAAAAUCCAAACCGGAUACCAUAAAAACAUGGUAUCCGGUUAAACACUGCGCAUGCUCAACUCUAAUUGAGCAUGCGCAGUGUUUAACCGGAUACCAUGUUUUUAUUGUAUCCGGUUUGGAUUUUGCCAGAGCCCCUCGUCGCGCUCCGUUGAACGCGCGUAAGAAGGGCUCUGGGUACGAGAAUUGAUUAUCACCAUCAAUACUACCAUAAUCAUCACUACUAACAUAAUAUAAAUCAUCACUGUCACAUCAUAAUCAUCAUUAUCACCAUCAUGAUUAUAAAUAUUAUCAUCAUCACCAAUUCACCAUCACCACCAUCAUUGUCUUCAUCACCACUACCAUAGACAUUCAGGGAACUUUGCAGCUCUCCAUGUCACAAUGCUAUAAUUAUUGAAAUUUAUAGGAGCAACCCUUGCUUUUGCACAGUCAGCGUAUUCAGUAAACGAGCCAGACACUCCUGUACAACUUCUCGUACUGUUAACUGGAACGAUUACAAGAACCGUUACGGCUAGGUAAGAACAUUACAAAUUAGUAACUUUUGCCUUGUUUAUUUUGUUGUUAUCGACUUGUUGUUGUUGUUGUUGUUGUUGUUGUUGUUGUUGUUGUUGACCUGUUGUUGAGAUGCAACAAAUUGUUUUUGAUCUUGUAAGUACUGUUGUUUGGAUUCUGUUUAAUUUUGGUUUAAGCAACUUUAAUUUAUGAUCCUGUUGUGUUUUAAGCGUCUUCUGAUUCUCAUUUUGUCUUCUGAUUCUUACUGUAAAUCAUGUUCACUUUUUGUAUUUCCCAGAGUAAAUACCUUAAAUAUUGAUGCAGUUGGUGGAAGCGAUUAUAGUUCUAUUGCAGACCGGCAAAUAACGUUCAGUCCAGGGAAUCCAACAUUCCAAUCUGUCGAUGUCACUAUCAAUGAUGAUGCUAUCGUUGAAAAUAACGAGAGAUUUACAGCCACACUUACAGCAGAGAACGGUGUAAAUAUACGGCCUGAUCGUGCCACAACAACUGUUACUAUUGUUGACAAUGAUGGUGGGUAUACUGUUAUGCUCAACUAUGAGUCUAUAGUAAAUUCUGAUUCACAUGCAUGUGACAGUGAUCCUUGACCUUAUCUUCGCACAAGAAUAUUGAGUGUUUUAAUUGUGGUUAGUUCCGACGAUUUUAUUGUGAAAAGGAUAUAUAAUUUUGCAGCAUGCAUUAAGUUGAAAUACAUUUGAUCUUUAUAAUUUAAAGAUCAAGAUCUGAAGUUUUAUAUUUCACAAAAAACACUUAAUAAUUGUUUCUACGAACAAUGAGAAUGUGCAACGCAUUUAGGUAUCGUAUACAUUCUUGUGAGGAGUUAUACCAUUGAUAGGUCACUUUGUAAUCUGGCUAAAAAUUUACUGACCUGCAGCAAUAACGUUGUAUUUGGUUACAGAAAAGUGGUUUACUGUAUAGACCAAGCAUACUUUGUUUUCUCUUUUUAGUGGUUACUGUCUCACUGCAAGCUUCCCAAAUUGACGUGACUGAGGCUAGUGCCAACGCUAUUGUCCUUGUUACAGUGAAUGGUGCCAGAGAAAGGGAAAUAAGUGUCAAGUGA